GGUCCUUUCCCAAUCCGUUGUAUUAAUUACCUGUUUUUGUAAUUAUAAUUUUAAUUAAAUCGAUAAUUAUUUCCAUUUCCGUCGCUUUAUUUCCCCCCACUCUACGCUCCGCACAUUCCAGAAUCCGCGGACCUCUUUAUCCCUUCUUCGUCGUCCCCUUCGUCGCGGAAAACCCUAGUUCCCCAUCGAAUCCGGGAUCCGGCGCUCCUCCGCCGCCGUCGCCGGAGCCCUAGAUCCAUGGCGAACGGCGACGGGCCCUCCGAUUCCGAGGAUUACGUGCUCCGCUCCGGCGUCCGGGCCGGGCUCAAGAGGGAGUUCGCUUUCGCCCUCAAGGCCCAGGCCGAGCUCCCCCCUUCCCUCGGCCGCACCCGCUCCCGGAGCUCCUCUGCCUCCGCAGCGGCCGCAUCCGGUGCUGCUUCGCGUGGUAGCAAGAAGCCGAAGAGAUCCGGCGAUGGUGGAGACCAGCCCUCGUCCAAGGGUGCUUCGCCUCCCCCGCAACCGGUAACACUUCCUCCCCUUCCUCCCCCUCCCCCUCCUCCUCCUCCUUCGACUCCGUCUCCGGUGGAGGCGGAGGCUCCUAAUGUGGCGGAAUGCCGAGAUGUGUCCGCGGGCGAGGCCCGUGUGAAAGAGAAUGGGUCCGCUCCAGAGUCGGAUGCUGUUGUGAUGGAUGAGCCAAUUUCGAUUGCUGCGUCUCCCGUUGGGAAGCCGAAUUGCUUGUUUACUAGCUCAGAAUCGAAGGUUAUCUCAGAAGUAUCGGAAGCAUUGGUGGUGUCAGUGUCGCCUCCUCCUCCUCCGCCUCCUCCUCUAAACGAUAAACCAAUUGAAUUUGAUGGCUCUGGCUCUGCUGAAUCAAAUAUAGAAAAAGUGGCACUUGAGUCCUCCUGUGUGACAAUGGCGCAAGCUGUUUCUGCAGCAAAGCCGACCAGGCGGUUUACAAGGUCAUUGCUGAAUAACAAAGCAGAGGAUGCUGUAGCUGGGCCUGAAGCGACCGUGAGCAAUGGGUUGGAUUCGAAGGUUUCAUCAGUGAAGCAGGAAAAGGUUCCUGUGAAUUACCAGGUAGUAGAAAAUGUGAGUAACAUUCCGGCUGAGAAGCCCAUUAGGAGGUUUACAAGGUCAUUGCUCAAGGAUAAAGCAGAGGGUGCAACCGUGAGUAAUGGUUCGGUUGGUUCAGAGGAGACGAAGGAUGGGGAGCAAGAUACUGAUGGGCUGUUGAGUUCGCCCAAUAAGAUGGAGCUGAAGAUGUCUAAGAAGAUUAGGUUGAGGAGGAUCCCUGGUAAUGUCCGGGAUUUGCUUGCAACCGGCUUACUUGAGGGAUUGCCUGUCAAGUAUUAUAUACCUAAUGGGAAGCAACCAGAGCUCCAUGGAGUGAUUAGGGGCAAUAAUAUAUUGUGCUCUUGUGCUUCUUGCAAUGGUUCUAGAGCUGUUUCACCCUAUAACUUCGAGCUUCAUGCUGGUAGCACCAAAAAGCAUCCAUCGGAUUACAUUAUCUUGGAAAAUGGAAAUAGCAUGCGAGAUGUACUGAAGGCGUGUGCAAAUGUUUCAUUAGCUACAUUAGAAGAUGCGAUACAAAAUGCAAUUGGUCCACUGCCUGCAGAGAGAUCUUAUACUUGUCAGAAGUGUAAACAGUCGUUUCUUACUUCACGGACUGGGAAGCUUGCAUUGUUAUGUGAUGUUUGCCUUGACUCAAAGGCAAAGCAACCCCGGAAAACUCCAAGUCCAUCGAAUGCAAAUGCUAGCGGUAGCAGGCUACCCAGGGAAGGUUCAGUACCAAGUGUGUUAGAUAGCUCAUUAAAAAAUACAUCAGCCAAAAAGAAGAUUUGCAGCACAGGAAAAUUAACAAGAAAGGACUUGGGACUGCACAAGUUGGUUUUUAUGAACGACAUUUUACCGGAGGGUACUGAAGUUGGCUACUAUGUUGGUGGGAAGAGAUUGCUUGAGGGCUAUAUAAAAGAUAAUGGAAUAUAUUGUCAUUGCUGUAAUACAGUGGUAAGCCCUUCACAGUUUGAAGCUCAUGCUGGUCGGGCUUCACGGCGCAAACCUUACAAUAACAUUUAUACUUCCAAUGGGGUUUCCCUACAUGAAUUAUCUGUUUCCCUAUCCAAAGAUCGGAAGUUGUCACCAAGUGAAAAUGAUGAUCUAUGUGGCAUCUGUGCAGAUGGAGGAAAUCUUCUUCUUUGUGAUCUCUGCCCUAGGGCUUUUCACAAAGAAUGUAUUGGUUUGUCGGCAAUUCCCAAAGGCGAUUGGUAUUGUCAAUAUUGCCAGAGUCUUCAUCAGAGAGAAAGGGCUUUGGCGCAUAACGAUAAUGCUAUAGCAGCUGGAAGGGUUGCUGGAGUUGAUCCUAUAGAACAAAUAUAUAAACGGUGCAUACGUAUUGUCACAACAGCACAGACUAAUGUUGGUGGAUGUGCGUUAUGCAGGCUCCAUGAUUUCAGCAAAUCUAGAUUUGAUGCUCGCACAGUGCUUCUUUGUGACCAAUGUGAGAAGGAAUAUCAUGUUGGAUGUUUGAAAGAGCACAAUAUGGCUGAUUUAAAGGAACUGCCAGAAGGAGAGUGGUUCUGCUGUGCUAAUUGCAGUAGGAUUCAUGCUGCUUUGCAAGAUUUUCUACUCCAAGGAGCUGAAGCCCUUCCAAGUGUAGAUGCGGAUGUGAUAAAGAAGAAGUAUGACGAGAAGGGUUUAACUAAAGAUGCUGAUACUGAUAUAAGAUGGAGACUGCUAAGUGGCAGGGAUGCUUCAGCAGACACCAAAUUAUUGCUGUCCAGAGCAGUCGCAAUUUUCCAUGAGUCAUUUGAUCCUAUAGUUGAGGCUACAACUGGGCGCGAUCUUAUUCCUGUCAUGGUCUAUGGGAGGACAGUGAGAGACCAAGAUUACUCUGGGAUGUAUUGUGCAGUAUUAACUGUUGGUUCCUCUGUUGUAUCGGCGGGUAUUUUACGUAUUAUGGGAUGCCAAGUCGCUGAACUGCCGUUGGUUGCUACUAGUAGGGAUAGUCAAGGACUGGGUUAUUUUCAGUCACUUUUCUCGUGUAUAGAGAGGUUGUUGGUGUCCUUAAAGGUUAAGCAUUUCAUCCUACCAGCAGCAGAUGAAGCCGAAUCUAUCUGGACUAAGAGGUUUGGUUUCUCCAAAAUAACUUCAGAACAGCUGGUGGAAUAUCUUAAUGGAGCUCGGACAACCGUGUUUCAAGGAACGUCAGUUCUUCAUAAACCAGUUCUUCUUUCUUAGUUAUCUUUGGGAAAUGGGAAGAAGCUGUUCUGUUUGUUUGUGUUACUUUGGAAGAGCCACUUUUUGCAGUGCUUUUCGUGUAAAUGUAUAUACAAGCUUCUGCAGAUCAAAGAAGUGCGCACAAUUGGUACCAUCAAGAAGCAGUUUUUGAGCUCUUGCUCUUUUGUUCUUCAGAAUUAAAGAGGAAAAAGAAAAGUAGAGAAUCAUAGGACUCAGUAUAGCGAUAAAGAAAAAGUAGAAUUUGCUAGGAGAUAGGUGGAGAAUUGGCACAUUUUGAGUUAGAGAAAGUUCCAUGACUUCUUUUUUUACAUAGUAAUGCUUUUUUUUUUUUUCUGUUUAUUUUUGGUGAUUGCAAAGCUGGUGAAGAGAUUGUAUUGCGAAAUUUAACUUCCUGAAUCAUACAUUACCCUUUUUAAGAUCUUAAAGGAAAAUUUGUGAAUCAGAAUCGACCUUCCAGCAAUGUAGAGUGUUUUUUUUCUAAUUUCUGCUCAUAUUCCAUGUGUGCUCCUGAAAAAUUCUAAAGUGUGACAACCAACAUUUACUAA